AUACUAUUUAAACAAGACGCGCUUAAAUCUUUGUCUUUUCUUCUCUUCUUUAUCAUCUUUAUAUGACAAUUUAUGGCCAUAAACACAGUCACCAUGUAGAUCAUAGCAUGGUGCCUGCUUUAGAUCAUGCUCCACGCGUGCCUAAAAAUAUCGCACACUCUCGCAUUAAUAAUUUUAUGGCGGGAGGAGGACAAUUUUAUGGGAUGGGCAUUCAGCGUGGUCUCUGGCGUAUGCAUAAAACUGGUUCUCCUCAUGUUGAAUUAAGCGUCUAUAGUGUACCUGAGCUUAAGCGUAUCCCUUUCAGGGAAGCGGUUACACAAAAGUUUGAAAAAUUUAGUAUGGGACAACGCUCCUUUGGUCCUAGUUGGUCUACACAUUGGUUUCAUGUAUCUAUUAUGAUUCCAAGAGAAAUGGAUGGUCAACAAGUUGUUCUUCAAUGGGAUAUGGGAUGUGAAGGCAUGGUUUGGGAUACAAAGGGUAUCCCGCUUCAAGGACUUACAGGAGGGUCUGAUCAAGCACGUCAUGAAUUCAUUGUUGACAAACAUGCCAAAGCAGGCGAUAAACAUGAAUUCUAUAUUGAAGCAGCUUGUAAUGGCAUGUUUGGCGUAGGUGCCAAUGAUGCUAUGGUUGCCGAUCCAAACCGAUACUUUAAUCUUGAUAAAGCGGACCUUGUGGUGCCUAAUAAGCCUAUUCAAACCCUGUUCCAUGACUUAAGUGUGAUUCGUGGCAUUGGUUAUGAUACGGAUGAAACUAGUUCUCGUGCAAGAAAGGCUUUGUGGGUCAUCAACGAGGUGAUUAACCGAUUUAUAUGUGACGAUGAAGAAGCCAUUCAAUCGUGUCUUAAAUUGACACAAGACUUUCUUGGUGCAAAGACUGGCGAUGGUCAACACAAAGUCACGGCUGUGGGUAACUGUCAUAUUGAUACUGCCUGGCUUUGGCCUUAUGAUGAAACAAAACGUAAGAUUGCAAGAUCUUGGUCAAGCCAACUGGAUUUGAUCAAAAGAUAUCCUGAUUAUGUCUUUACUGGUUCUCAAGUACAACAAUAUGAAUGGCUUAAGGAACUGUAUCCUACUAUCUUUGACAAAAUUCAAAAAGUGGAAAAGACAGGUCAAUGGGAAAUCAUCGGUGGUAGCUGGGUAGAGCAUGACACAAACAUGCCUUCGGGUGAAUCUCUCUGUAGACAAAUGCUUUUAGGUCAAAAAUUCUAUGAAAAGAACUUUGGAAAAAGAACUCGUGUAUUUUGGUUACCGGACUCAUUUGGAUAUUCUGCUCAACUUCCUCAAGUUCUUCGUCAAUCUGGCUGUGAUUAUUUCUUUACUCAAAAAUUAUCCUGGAACAAUAUCAACAAGUUUCCUUUGUCUACUUUUUGGUGGACAGGCAUUGAUGAUACAAGCAUCUUAGCUCACUUGACGCCAGCAGAAACAUAUACUGCUUCUGUAACACCUAGUGAAGUCUAUAAAUGUGCUAAAAAUCAUCACGAUAUUGAAAGUUCAAACCAAAGCCUCUUGGUUUAUGGACAUGGUGAUGGAGGAGGAGGUCCCACACCAGAAAUGCUCGAACGACUCGAAAGAAUGAAAGAUGUGGAUGGGUUGCCUUCUGUCAAGCCUGGUAGUGCUACAAAAUUUUUUGAAGGUCUAGAAAAGCAUUCUGAUCGUUUACAAUCUUACAAAGGAGAAUUAUAUCUCGAAUUCCACCGAGGUACUUAUACCACUCAAGCAUUAGUCAAAAGAGGAAAUCGUAAAGGAGAAGUUAUCCUUCGCGAUCUUGAGUUACUGGCUACUGCUGCUAAGCUUUUAUCAAACCAAACAAGUGCCAAAUACGAGUAUCCAUUUGACGAUAUUGAACGGUUAUGGAAGUUGUUAUGUCUCAAUCAGUUCCACGAUUGUUUACCUGGUUCAGCUAUCAAUCUAGCCUAUGUGGAUGUUCACAAGUUUCAUCGACAGGUGAUCUCAGAAUCUUCUUUGCUUCGACACAUGGCUCAAUCUGUCUUAAUCUCUGAAAGCAAGCACCAUGAGGAUGAAGGUGCAGACCAAAAGGGUGUUAUUGUUUUUAAUACGUUGCCCUGGACCCGUAACGAAGUCAUUGUUUGUCCUGAAAAGAAUACGAAAUGGACAAAUCAACAAUACAAGGGGGAAUAUGAAUAUCUUUUAGUACACGACAUUCCUGGAUUAGGUGUUUCUGGUUACAUUGAGUCUACAGAUGAUUUGAAGUCAGUUUCUUUGGAAAAAUCUGCCCAAGCUUACAAAUCAAAGAAGGGCCACUUUAUACUCGAGAAUAUGAAUUUGAAGGCUGUCUUUAAUGCAAAUGGUCAACUUGUUGAACUUCUCGAUAAAAAUUCAGACAGAGGUAAUCUUGUACCCGAAAAUACUAAGGGUAAUGUGUUACAGCUCUAUGAAGAUGUGCCUACUUAUUGGGAUGCUUGGGAUGUUGAAAUAUAUCAUCUUCAGAAAUAUGUUGAACUGGAAGGCCAACGUACCUUGGAAAUCUUAUCUGAAGGUCCUGUCAAGGCCGAGUUAUGCUUUGAACACAAGAUUUCUGAUGUUAGUUCAAUCAAGCAAAUCAUCAGUCUUACUUGUAUUGGUCAUCGCAUUGAAUUCGAGAAUACUGUUGAUUGGCAUGAAAGCCAUCAGUUUUUGAAAGUAGAAUUUAAUUGGGAUAUUGUCACUGAUUUUGCCACUUACGACAUCCAGUAUGGUGUUGUUAGAAGACCCAAUCAUUACAAUACAACCAUUGAUUCUGCUAAAUUUGAGGUUUGUGGCCAUAAAUUUGCAGACUUGUCAGAAUCCAAUUACGGUAUUGCAUUGAUCAAUGACUGUAAAUAUGGUUACGCUACUCAUGGAAAGACACAAAGACUUUCGUUAUUGCGGUCACCCAAAGGUCCUGAUGAACUUGCUGAUAUGGGACAACAUAAAUUCAAAUAUGCUAUUUAUCCACACGAAGGUAGUUACAGCAAUUCAGAUGUCAUGCAAGCUGCUUUGGAGUUCAAUACACCUCUGUCUAUUCGUUCUGCCAAAGGCAAAGAGAUCAAGAGUGGUACACUUUUGCCUUCUUUGUUCAAGAUAAAAGGAUCUAAACAGAUCAUUAUUGAUACCGUCAAACUUUCAGAAGGUGAUCAAGGUAAAGGAAAACAGAUUGUUUUACGUCUUUAUGAAGCUUAUGGCGGCAAAAGCACUGGUAUCCUGUCAAGGUAAAAGAAAAAAACAAACAUCAUAGCUUAUAUUUUUCUUAGCCAUUUGAACAUCAAACAUGCCCAAGUUUCAAACAUAUUGGAAGAUGACACAGGUGUUCAAUUAGCCAAGAAACAUCAUGGCUUCUCUGUUACACUUAAACCUUUCCAAAUCUUGACACUCAAGAUUGAUUUGAGUUAAACAAUAAAUAUCGUCUAUCCUAUCAGCCGUAUAAAAAUAACUUGGCUGUCGCUUAUACUGUUGCAAAAUUAUUUCAAACGCUUGUGAGACUUAUAGGAGAGUUCACUUUGAACGAUACUGCAGGAAUGACAGCUUAAAGCAUGCAAAUAUACACUGACCCGAAAUAAAAAUCAGC